GCGCCACAGCUUAUUUUUUAUUUUCCUCGCCUCAAACCAAUUGCUUUAGUUCAGAUCGUCAUUUUUUCGAAAGGUAUCACUAUAUAAACAUCUCAGUCUCCCGUAGAACCUUAUUUCUUGAAAGUGUCCGCGAGAAAAUGUACCGGGUAGUGGUGUUAGUUUUGUCAGUGACGACCUCCGUACUAGGGUCGCAUGGGUUCCUAGAUGGUGACCUGGAACUGGCAGAUGGAGUGAAGUUAGUGAGCGUGCCUGUAUCGAACAGUCUGGAAGAAGCGGCGGGCCGCUCUUUCGGAGAGAACACUAUUUUGUAUCGAAUGUCGAAGUUCCUUCAAGGACAUGAAUUGCACGUUAAACUACCCAAUUUGGUGGAAAAGGAUAAGUUGUCGCAGAUAUUCCUGGAUUCGUUGAAGACUGUGGAUGAAACGUAUAAGGAAAAUUCAGUGACGGGGCGAGGCAAGGGGCACGGGGGCGGGGGCGCCGCUCUCAUCGGCCUCAUGUUCGCCAAGACCCUCGGCGCCAUCGGGAUAGGCGGGCUUGGACUACUCACUAUGAAGGCUCUAGCCCUAUCCGCGCUGGCUCUCCUCCUAUCAGCAGUGGUGGGGAUCAAGAAACUAUCCUCACAUGAUGACCAUGAGGAUCACCAGGUCAUCUACGCAGGACAUCAUGGUCACCACCGGAGAAGACGGGACAUCGAUACGAUGGACACCCCACUGCCGUACAAGGGAUGGAUGAAAUACGCGCCCACUGUUUCUAGGUUAUAAAUUUAGUUGGAGGAGACUUCGGUUGACGUAACUUGACUAAUUUUCCUGUGAUAAUUCAAAGAAACUAGCCGCUCAGUCUGUCAGUCAACAGCAGAAACAUGGAUAAAUUAAUUGACAUGGACAGAAAAAAAACACCAUUUUAAAGUAACGAGGUGAUAAUAAUUGAUAUUGAAAGUAUAGUGUCGCCAUUUUGGCCAAGUUACGUGAAUCGUAGUACUACUUGUUACACUGUUCAAAAGAUAAUGUGAACACGAUUUAUAAGAUGGUCGAACCUAAGUAGAGUGACGAUCUAAACUCGCUUAUUUCGAUCAUGCUACCUAUUCAUUAUGCUACAUAAGGCAUACAUUCGCUACUCGUAUCUUUUUGAAAGUGUAAUAAGUGUUACUGUUAGUUUAAUAGUAGUAUGAUUUUGUUCCUUUGCGAUGUGAUGGAUGUGUGUGUGUAGAGGUGUAAGAUUUACCUACUAUCAUAAUGCAAAUUUUUACCAUAAUGUCGAAUUUAAAUGGCUAUAAUAGUCUUUUUAGUAUUUUAAACCUUUGCUCAUGAGUAAGCUUUGCAAAAACAAAGAUUUUUCUUGUUGUGCGAUAAUUCUUUUGCUUGCAUUUUAAUGUCACAAAGCAUAAAAACAUUCAUUUUCGUUGGAGUUAGGUAAAAUAUCACAGUAGUUUUCAUGAUUUAAUUUAUGUAAUUACCUUAAUCAUGAUUGCGACAUUUGCUCCUGAAGCUUGUUAAAGUUGUGGCUGGAAACCCAUUAAUUUAUG